AUGGCUAAAACUCCUGCUGUUGGUAUUGAUUUGGGUACAACUUACUCUUGUGUUGGAGUGUUUCAACACGGUAAAGUAGAGAUCAUUGCCAAUGACCAGGGAAACCGUACUACUCCCAGUUAUGUUGGUUUCACUGAUACUGAACGUCUUAUUGGAGAUGCAGCAAAAAACCAGGUUGCCAUGAACCCCAACAACACUAUCUUCGGUAAGUACAAAAUAAUGUCAGCCAUGUUAUAAGUAGGAAUACUAAUAUAUUUUAUUAUAGAUGCUAAGCGAUUGAUUGGUAGACGUUUUGAAGAUGCUACGGUUCAAGCUGAUAUGAAACACUGGCCUUUUGAAGUUGUCAGUGAUGGGGGUAAACCCAAGAUCAAGAUUUCCUACAAAGGAGAGAGCAAAAUUUUCUCCCCUGAGGAGGUAAAUUUUAUAUUAAAAAUAUUUAUACCCACGACAGCUAAUGAAAAUGACUAGUAAAUGGCAAAAUGGGUUAAGUGAUAGUUUACUUUUUAGGGGAGCAAAUACAAACGUUUUAUUUGUUCUUAACUUUGGCAUUGAUGUUUUGGGAAUUAAGCUUUAUAGGUAUCUACCCUAUUUAUGUAACCUUGAAGGCUUGAAUCUCUAAUUUUAUUGUAAAUGUUUGUUAAUUUUUAAACACAUUGAAUUUUUGUCACUUAGUUCUGAUUUUUUCUUUCUGGAGUAUACUUGUACCCUAAUUUAAAUUUAAUAUAAUUAUUGAUUUAAUAAUAUUUUCAUUUUGAAUACAUUUUUCGGUUCAAAAACCUGAGGUUAAUAUUAUUUUCAAGUUUCUUAAUAUAAUAUAAAAUUGAAAUUCUUUUAUUGACAAAAUUAUUUAAAAUGUUGAGUAUCUAAUAUCAAUAUCUACUAUAGUAUUUUUAACCUAUUUAUAGUUUAUAAAACAUUCCUCACAAUUUUGAAGUUUUUAUGAUGGUUCAUAUACUCAAUUAACUAAUUUAUCUUAUGAAUUAAAAUCAUAAUCCAUUGACCUUUAAUAAUAUAAGUUGCCAUUUUUUAAUGAGCAAAGUGAAAUUUGCAGUUAUGAAUAAAUUAAAUAACACUAAUACUAAUGAUUAUUAUAAUAUAAUAUGUUAUCCUUUCCUUGUUUGAUCAUGUUUAUGCCAUGGGACAUAUUGUACUUGAUGACUAACUGAUAAUGUCUAACCGCAAAAUAAUAUUGCAGAGCUGCCACUUAUGAACUAUUCUUCACUUUUUUAUGAAUUAUUUUCCUAUUUGACACUAUUUUAGCAAAGUGUUCGCUUAGUUCAUUAUUAUUCACGGAAUAUAAUAAACUCUCAAAUAUUUUAUUAUAUAAUUAUUAAAACUAAUGAUUUUUAUCUAUUUUUGUUACUUUUCCUAUAAGUGAGCAAUGAGUUGCUUUAAUUUUACUUUUUAUUGCAAUUUUAAAUGUUUUUAAUUGUAUAGCAAAUUAUAUAUAAAUAAGUGUAAUAUAAUAUUUUAAAAUUAAAAACAAUAAUUAUGAUUUUCGAAUAUAAUUCAUUAUAUAUCAAAAAAAAUAUAUUCACUUUUUUAAACAAUUUCUUUGCUAUAUAUAAUCACUUAUACCAAUAAUUAGAAUAUUUCAUUAUUUUAUUAGAUGGGAACACUUAUGUGAUUGAAUUAUUUAUAUACAUAGGAAAAAUAAUUGAGAAAUCGGAUUCGAAAAAAAAGAUUUGUUUAGAUUAGAUAGGCUAUGAGUACAAUAGUUGGGUACAUUUCCUAAUCCUUACAAGGGAUUUUUUUUUAUUAUUGAAGGACCUACAUUUUCAAAAGUACUUUUAUAUCUGGUCACCAUAAUAUAAUAUCGCUUAGCUCCUUUUGCUUUAUACCAGUUGAUGUACCUAUUAUACAUUUCAAUAAAACUUACCUGCUUAUUAAAUGAAUUUGAAUUAAUACAAUUUUCAUUUAGGUAUCUUCCAUGGUUUUGACCAAGAUGAAGGAAACCGCUGAAGCCUACUUGGGAAAGACUGUGACAAAUGCUGUAAUCACAGUACCUGCUUAUUUCAAUGACUCCCAGCGUCAAGCCACCAAAGAUUCUGGUACUAUUUCCGGUUUGAAUGUUAUGCGUAUUAUUAACGAACCAACAGCUGCGGCUAUUGCUUAUGGUCUUGAUAAAAAGACAUCUGGAGAACGUAAUGUUCUUAUCUUUGAUUUGGGUGGUGGUACUUUUGAUGUAUCCAUUUUAACCAUCGAAGACGGAAUAUUUGAAGUAAAGUCCACUGCUGGAGACACUCAUUUGGGAGGUGAAGAUUUUGAUAACAGAAUGGUAAAUCACUUCGUUCAAGAGUUCAAACGCAAGUACAAGAAGGAUGUAACUACUAACAAGAGAGCAUUGAGACGUUUGAGAACAGCUUGUGAACGUGCAAAGCGUACUCUGUCAUCAUCUACCCAAGCGAGCAUUGAAAUUGAUUCGUUGUUUGAAGGAGUUGAUUUCUACACAUCCAUCACCCGUGCUCGUUUUGAAGAAUUGAAUGCUGAUCUUUUCCGUAGCACUAUGGAACCAGUAGAAAAAUCUCUCCGUGAUGCCAAAAUUGACAAAUCUGCCAUUAANUACAAAAAUUGUUGCAAGAUUUCUUCGGCGGAAAAGAAUUGA